AUGGCAGCGCGCAUCCUACACCGGCUGCGGCACGCGCUGUCCGGGGAAGGCUCCCGGGAGCAGCAGGCACACGGCGGCUGCGAGGCCGAGGACUUCCCGGAGAGCUCGGAGCUGGAGGACGACACGGAGGGGCUGUCGACGCGCCUCAGCGGCACCCUGAGCUUCACCAGCCAGGAGGAGGAGGAGGAAGAGGAGGAGGGGGAAGAAGAGGAGGAGGAGGGUGCCGGAGAGGAGCUGGUGGAGCCGCCGCAGCCGACCGGGGCAGCAGCGGGUGCAGAGGACGGAGGCAGGUGCCGGGGUCCGGCACAGCGUCCCGGCGGCAGCCUCCUGACUCGGCAGCUGCAGGAGCUCUGGAGGAGGUCCCGGGGCAGCCUGGCACCGCAGCGGCUUCUCUUUGAGGUCACCAGUGCCAGUGUGGUCAGCGAGCGCUCCUCCAAGUACGUGCUCUACACCAUCUACCUGAUCCGCUCCGGCCAGUUCGACAAGGCCCCCGCCGCCAUCGCCCGGCGCUACUCAGACUUCGAGCGGCUGAACCGCCGCCUGCGCUGCCGCUUCGGCUGUGACAUGGCCGACAUCGCCUUCCCUAGGAAGAGGCUGCGCCGCAACUUCACCGCCGAGACCAUUGCCAAGCGCAGCCGAGCCUUCGAGCAGUUCCUGUCCCACCUGCACUCCAUCGCCGAGAUCCGCCGCUCCCCCGAGUUCCUCGAGUUCUUCUUCCUGCAGGACCUGCGUGCCGCACAGCGCCUGACCUGUACCGGCAUGUACCGUGAGGCCCUGGCCACCUGGGCCAAUGCCUACCGGCUGCAGGACCGGCUGGGGGUCUGUGGCUCUGGCCGCUUCCUCCUGACGCUGGCCGGGCUGGCUGUGUGCCACCAGGAGCUGGACCAGCUGGGGGAGGCUCACAGCUGCUGCGAGCAGGCGCUGCAGCUGCUGGAGUCCCAGGGCAGCCACCCGCUGCUGGGGCCCUUUCUGCAGGCCCACAUCCACCUUGCCUGGAAGGUGGGCAAGGACAAGCGGCACUCGGAGGCACGGCUGCAGGACCUGCGGGAGGCUGGACCCCCGCUGCAGCAGCAGCCCACCCUGAAGGAGUGCCUGAUCAAGGAGCCACUGGACUGA